GCCAGCACACCGAGCUGCGCCAGCACACGGAGCUGCUCCGCGAUCCAGAUUUAGAGAGGGGCAAGCCCAGAGAGCUGCCCCGAAGCGCUGCGGUUCGGGGCAUGAAAAAAAAACCCAAAGCCCAAACACCAGCGAACACCUGCAGCGCGAACCAGCCGGGCCCACGCCCCGCCGGCACUGCCGCUGGAACCUGCUCCCCUCGGCGCGGCUCAGCCCGGCCCGGCCCUGCCCCCGCGCAGCGCGGCGGGGCGGAGCGAAGCGCAGCGGCAGCGGCGGCCGCGCCGGCCGGGAGCAGGAAUUAUCAACCAUCACUAUGCAAAACAACAUCCUGCGAGUUUGAUUCAAGCUUUCUGCCUCAUCACCUGCUUUAGAUACACUGUACUCUGAGCAUUCCUGGGGAGACAUGGCCUUCUGCACCUGGAAGUGGCUCCUUCUCUUGGGCAGGCAGAACACCUUUGCCAAGGCUUGGAGGAGCAGGAGGGGAGGUCCUUCUCUGCACUGGCAGCGCUGCUGUCAUUGGGGCACUGGCAAGUCUCUGGACCCUGAGGUGAGAGCAUUUUUGGAGGAGAACACAGAGGUCACCAGCAGUGGGCACCUCACGCCAGAGAUACGACUGCGUCUUCUCACCCCUCGCUGCAGGUUCUGGAGGGAAAAACCUGACCUGUGGCCUUAUGGGGAUCCAUUCUGGGCAAUUUACUGGCCAGGAGGCCAAGCCCUCUCCAGGUAUAUUUUAGAUAAUCCAUGUGUCGUUAAAGGACGAUCAGUUCUGGAUCUCGGAAGUGGAUGUGGUGCUACAGCAAUAGCUGCCGUCAUGAGUGGUGCAUCCCAAGUCCUUGCUAAUGACAUUGACCCUAUUGCAGGAGUGGCAAUGAUCUUGAACUGUGAACUGAACCACCUGACUCCCUUCCCCAUCACCAUUAAGAACAUCAUUAAUUCAGAGGCUUGCAACUGGGACCUCAUUGUCCUAGGAGACAUGUUUUAUGAUGAACAACUUGCUGAUGGUCUGCAUCACUGGCUGAGGAAAUGCAUCAGGAUACAGCAAACAGAAGUGCUGAUUGGUGACCCUGGCAGGCAUCAGUUUUUAAGCCACAGAAUUCACAGCCAAUUACACAAAGUCAUAGAAUAUUCCCUUCCUGAGUACACUAGACAAGAAAACAAUGGAUUAACAUCAAGUAUUGUCUGGAGUUAUCAGCCCUCAAAUAGUUCAGAAAGCUGUUGAAGCUGGUUUCCUAAUGAACUUUUUGUCCCUUGGUUAGCUUUUUUUUCCCCUAAGUGUUUAAAAUGAAAAUAGGAAUUAAACAUGGAGAUUAUCUGCCAGUGUAAAGUAAUUACUGUACCUUCGUUGUACUGAUUUCAGUCAUUUGAGGUAUAAACCACAUGCGAACUGUAUUCAGAGGAGCCUGCACUGAAGUGCAAAUGUAAAGACAAGUUACAUGUCAGAGUUUGCAUGCUUGAUGUUUUUUCAUGUGUACAUUUGUGUCUUGCUCCCCGACACUCUUGUGAAAUGCUUUGGAUGUCCAGCACACUGCUUUGGGGAGAAGGUGGUGGCUGAAAGAUUAUUGUACUGCUUUCACAGACUGUUGCAGCUUACCUAUGGAGAAAAUGGUUGUUGUCCUUCAUAAAACUCUCAGCUAGAUUAUUAGCUUAUACUAUGUUCAACUUGAAGUGCCUUGCUCUUUUUUUGGAUAUCUCUUCUGAAAGUCAAAUUAAUUUAAAUCUUCCCCUCUGUAAUAAAAACUCACUCUUCCUUGAA